CAGUACUUUCAAUGCGAUUGAAACAACUUCAUAUUGGUUGAUAUCUUCAGAGUGAUCACAUGCAGGUAAACUACCAUCCAAUGUCCACACCUUCAAAUGGCUGCCGCAGUCGGAUCUCUUGCAGCAUCCUAAUGCGAAGGCGUUCAUAACUCAUGGCGGAUAUAACAGCAUGCAGGAGGCGAUUUCGGCUGGAGUACCAGUGAUUGCCAUACCUUUGUUCGGAGAUCAGCCAAAAAAUGCGAGGCUUGCUGAACACCAUGGGUUUGCUGUGCGCAUCUCAAAGACCAACGUCAAAGCUGAAUCUGUCGCUGAGGCACUUACGAAAAUACUGAACGACCAAAGGUAUAUGGUAACAUCGCGCAUUUGGGCGAAAUCGCAACUCAGUGAGUGCCCGUUUCAGCUACACAAUGGUCAUCAAGCGGAUCUCCAAUAUGGUCAAGAAAAAGCCAGUCAGCGUUUCUCAUUUAUUGGUGUCGUGGACAGAACUCUCGAGAAUCUCGUACCUGCGGGAAACAGACUUAACUUCGUGCAAUAUCAUUCUAUAGAUGUCGUAGUAACAAUUAUGGCUUGCUUUGUUAUAUUAAUGUACAUCAUGUGGAAACUGCUGAUUUUUCUAGCAUUCAAAGUGGUUGCUCUGGUGAACGGCGAAAAACCGAAGAAGGAGUAAGU